UCUUAAGGUGUUGCAGCUAUACUCUGGACUUGAUCAAACAUUCAGGACUUUGAACACUUCAGUUGGGGUCUUCUGUUCUAUUUCGCUUUUUCUAGUUCUUUCAAUUUGUUUUCUUAAAAAGUCACUUGUUGUUAUUAGUAUAAUUUGAUUUUGUUUCCGUGUCAACAUGGCUAGAAUGCUGAGCAGGGACGUCCCGGACAUUGAGAAUAUUUUGGCUUUGAACCCUCAAGUAAAGUCUCAUGCUCUGCUGCGUUCAACAGCAUCUGCAAAAAUAGUUAAGAAGCACUGGAAAAGAAACACGGACAAAAGCUGUUCAGGCUGUGAGGCGCUGGAGAACAAUUUUGAUGACAUCAAACACACGACUCUGAGCGAGCGUGCAGCACUUCGAGAAGCAAUGAGGUGCCUCAAAUGUGCAGAUGCUCCUUGUCAAAAAAGCUGCCCAACCAGUUUGGAUAUUAAAUCUUUCAUAGGCCAGAUCACAAAUAAGAACUACUAUGGAGCUGCCAGGACAAUUCUCUCUGACAACCCCCUUGGACUGACUUGUGGAAUGGUGUGUCCGGUGUCAGACCUCUGCGUGGGUGGUUGUAAUUUAUAUGCAACAGAGGAAGGGCCAAUUAACAUCGGUGGACUGCAGCAGUUUGCUUUGGAGAUUUUCAGUGCAAUGAAACUUCCUCAAAUCAGGAAUCCAGCACUUCCAGCAAAAUCAGACAUGCCAUCAGCUUACCAUUCCAAAAUUGCACUGAUUGGCUGUGGACCAGCCAGUAUGAGCUGUGCCACUUUUUUGGCAAGGCUAGGUUACGAUGACAUCACUAUAUUUGAGAAGCAAAACUUUGUUGGAGGUUUAAGCACAUCUGAGAUUCCCCAGUUCCGGCUGCCCUAUGAAGUGGUAAAAUUUGAAUUGGAGCUGAUGAAAGACCUAGGUGUAAAGGUUGAAUGUUCAAAAGGGCUAGGACAAGAUGGGAUGACCCUUCAGUCUUUAAGAGAAAAUGGCUACAAAGCUGUUUUUAUUGGAAUAGGUUUGCCAGAACCAAACAGACACAAAAUCUUUGCAGGGCUAACAAUGGAACAAGGAUUUUAUACUUCAAAAGAUUUUCUACCAAUGGUUGCCAAGGCUAGUAAACCAGGGAUGUGUGGCCACUGCUCUAAGUUACCAGAGGUAUAUGGAACAGUGAUAGUCCUGGGAGCUGGAGACACUGCUUUUGACUGCGCAACUUCAGCCCUGCGUUGUGGAGCUCGACGAGUGUUUGUGGUCUUCAGAAAAGGAUUUACCAAUAUAAGGGCUGUUCCUGAGGAGAUGGAGCUUGCAAAAGAAGAAAAAUGUGAGUUUUUGCCCUUCCUCUCACCUCGGAAUGUAGUAACAAAAGCUGGGCAUAUAGCUGGCAUUGAGUUCUAUAGAACAGAACAAGACGAAGAGGGCAAAUGGAUUGAGGAUGAAGACCAAAUUGUCCGCCUCAAGACGAAUUUCAUUAUAAGUGCGUUUGGGUCUGGACUAACAGAUGUGAAAGUGAAAGAAGCCAUGUCACCUAUCAGACUUAACCAAUGGGGUCUUCCAGAUUUAGAUCCAGAGACUAUGCAAACCAGUGAACCAUGGGUGUUUGCAGGGGGAGAUGUGGCAGGCCUGGCUAAUACUACGGUAGAGUCUGUGAACGAUGGCAAGCAAGCUUCCUGGCAUAUCCAUAAAUACUUACAGUCACUGCAAGGCACAACCGUGUCCAACAGUCCUCAACUUCCUCUGUUUUUCUCACCCAUCGACAUGGUUGAUAUUAGCGUAGAAAUGGCAGGGCUGAAAUUUCCAAACCCCUUUGGCCUGGCAAGCGCUCCACCAACAACAAGCACAGCUAUGAUCCGAAGAGCUUUUGAACAGGGCUGGGGAUUUGCCCUCACCAAGACGUUCUCCCUUGACAAGGAUAUUGUCACAAAUGUUUCUCCAAGGAUUGUACGUGGAACUACCUCAGGUCAUUUAUAUGGCCCUGGACAAGGCUCCUUUCUGAAUAUAGAACUUAUAAGUGAGAAGACGGCUGCUUAUUGGUGUCAAAGUGUGACUGAACUGAAAGCCGACUUCCCAAAAAAUAUUCUCAUUGCCAGCAUAAUGUGCGGUUAUAACAAGGAGGACUGGACGCAGCUCUCUAAAAUGGCACAGGCUUCUGGUGCUGAUGCCCUGGAGUUAAACUUAUCCUGUCCACACGGCAUGGGAGAGAGAGGCAUGGGUUUGGCCUGCGGCCAGGAUCCAGAGCUGGUGCGAAACAUCUGUCGCUGGGUACGGCAAGCUGUUAAGAUUCCAUUCUUUGCCAAGCUGACCCCCAAUGUCACUAAUAUAGUGGAUAUCGCAAUGGCUGCUCAUGAAGGUGGUGCUGAUGGGGUUACAGCAACCAACACGGUCUCAGGGCUGAUGGGACUGAAAGCAGACGGCUCACCCUGGCCUUCCAUCGGAGUAGCGAAGCGAACCACAUAUGGCGGCGUGUCUGGAAAUGCCAUCAGACCUAUCGCCUUAAGAGCGGUAUCGGCCGUCGCAAGUGCCUUGCCUGGGUUUCCCAUUUUAGCUACAGGUGGAAUUGAUUCAGCAGAAACUGGCAUGCAGUUCCUCCAAGCUGGGGCUUCUGUACUGCAGGUCUGCAGUGCUAUCCAGAACCAGGAUUUCACAGUUAUUGAGGAUUAUUGCACCGGACUGAAAGCUCUUCUUUACCUUCAGACCAUCAAACAGCUUCAAGACUGGGAUGGACAAAGCCCGCCAACCAUGCAGCACCAGAAGGGUAAACCUGUCCCACAGCUGAAAGAGCUCAAUGAAAAGAAAUUGCCCAGCUUUGGCCCAUAUCUUGAAGAGAGAAAGAAGAUUGUUUCAGAUUAUAAGCUGAAGAUUAAAGGCAAUAUUGAUAAUGUAACAGCAGAAAGCGGGGAUGGAAGACCAUACAUACCUCAAAAAUCGGUACCAAGUGUGAAAGACAUGAUUGGCAGAGCAUUGAAGUACAUUGGAUCUUAUGGGCAACUGAACAACAAGGAACAGGUUGUGGCACUGAUUGAUGAGGAGUUGUGCAUUAACUGCGGAAGAUGCUACAUGACCUGUAAUGACUCUGGAUACCAGGCUAUUAAGUUUGACCCUGAGACCCACCUGCCUUCCGUUUCUGACAGCUGUACUGGGUGCACUCUGUGUCUUAGCGUGUGCCCCAUAAUCGAUUGCAUCAAAAUGGUUGCCAGGACAACACCUUAUGAACCAAAAAGAGGCCUGCCCUUAGCUGUUGAUCCAGCCUGCUGAAAGAGCUCAGGUUCAUCCAUUGAAAAAUGACCUCCUCUCUGCCUCACAGCAUUGAUCAACUUCUUAAUUAUAGUGUGAAAAAUGUUCUUUAUUAUGAAAAAGCAAUAAUUAGCCAGAGUAAUAGUUACAUUUUCUAAAGCCAAUUAUAUGAAACAACUCUGUAAACACAUGCUCCCUAACAAUUGUACUUUAUGCACGUUCUGUUGGGGUUCUCUAGUGUUAACUGUUUCUCACUGCCAUUAAUAUGAGGAAUUAAAAAAGUAAAGAAGAAGUAAACUCUUUUUUUUUUUAAAUCUAAGCAAUAAAAACUCCUUUGUUAUGUUAUAGCAUUUGCUGUUGACCUUGAUGUCCUACAUUCCACAUAAUUGUGCUUUUCUUCAAAUGCUCUUGUUUUUUUCCAUUUCCAUUUCAUAUAUUUGAUUGUGCUGAAAUGUGUUAAUAAGUCUAAAUAAUUCAAAAACAUCACUGCACAAGAUUUAUAAGCAGUGGGUUAAUUCAGAACAUUUUUGCUUCGAUUUUUUCAGGCUUUAUAAUGAAGCACUAUUUCUUAUCAUAGAGAACUGGUAAUUCUUAACAUUUUAUAUAAAGAUAAGACACAUUUAAUUAGUUGUUUUAUUUAGUAUGUUAUUAUUUGGCCAAUUGUAGGAGUUUAGAAUUACAUUAACUAUAUUCAACUAUGUAACCACUAAUUAUGAAGGACAAUUUAAAUUUCGUGUUGAUCUCAUUUUGUAUACCAGCAGAUGUUUAUUUUUGUUUAAAACAUGUGAAAAACUUGUAACAGCUUAAAAAAGUUAUAAUGCAAAUGCCAAAAGAAGAACUGGUACCUAAAUGUAAUCACUUUUUUAAAUAACAUGAUUAAUAAAGAAUUAAAUUGUACCCUAUACGGUU